GCAAGAUAUUGUCCGCCACCAUACAGCCCCCUGGGGCCGUCGACGCUAUUCUUCUCCUCCAUCUCGUCGUUUCAACGCCCCAAGUCGUCCGAAACAUCGAGGCCGCCGCUCUGGCUAUAAUCCCGUAAAUCACGACAAGUCUAACGAUCAACAAACCGCCAUGGCUGCCAGUGCUGCACUUCCAGGCCUCUUUUUCACCUUCGCAGCGAUGGUGCUGCUUAUCUUCGCCUCCGUUUCAACACCGACAUGGAACGCAGUCUCAUUCCUCAAUACCAACGUUGAUGGGGUGUCAACGCACUUCGGUGUGUUUGGCUACACAGGAUCAAACACCUCCGUCGGAUGGUAUUUCCCAACCGGAAUAGCUGACAGCGAACUGAACAACGGCCUCUUUCACAACCUCACCAUCGCUCUCAUCCUCGUCCCAAUAGCCGCCGGCCUUUCAGGCCUUGCCUUCCUCUUCGGGCUGUGCGGCGCAAGCUACCACCGCGUCGGGACCGUCUUCAUGUCGCUCGUCUCCGCGCUCGCCUGCCUCGUCACGCUCGUCGUCUGGAUCAUCGAGAUGUCUCUAUUCGGCAUCGCGCGCAACCACGUCCGCGAACGCGGCGGCUAUGCGCAGUACGCCAAUGCCAACUGGCUCGUCCUUGGCGCCCUAAUUGCACUUUUCCUCGGCUUCUUUGCCAGCCUCUGCGGUAUUUUUGGCAGCUACCGCUCAAAGCGUGCCGCGUAUUGAAUGCGUACAUUCCUAUACCAAAUGAUGUGCGGACUAUCAUACAAGGAUGUAGAUCUGCCUUUCGGACAGCUACUUUAUCACCGUCGCCUUAUUAUCUGCUGGACUAUUACUCGCUUACUUUGGAUGCGCACUUCACGAACUACUCGUAUACGCCCUCCAUCGAUAGUCCUUUCCGAUCCUGAUUCGUUUUUGAAAACUCUCUACAGAGCCACGAUACCAUACGUUCGUGCCAUACCUGUGCAAUGACCUUGCUAACGACAGUUCUGUUACUUCAUUGCUCCCUUCGCUCUACGCCCAGUUGAAUGCCGCUGUAUUGCCUACCUUGCUCCUCCUCUUGUUGUAACGUUAUCCAUCUGUAUGAUUUAUAUGAUUCUCCGAUUCGAUCCGUCUGACAAUCCUCCGCCCAC